GCUGGAAAUUCCUCGUAUGCAUCGUACCGCCAGCCCCAAAGCGACGGAGCAAGACAUAAAAUUGUCCCCUCGGUAGUGGGGAUGAGUGUGGCACAGUCUUUCGGUAUACCCCCAAGUCAGCAUGCCAGCACGGCCAUACAUGCAGUGAGUGUGUUGUUCGUUCGUGUUCCCCAUUCAAUGUUUGCACGUCAUCGCGCUCGGUCGGUAACUUUCACUCGAGUCAGCUCGAUCGUUAGUGUGAUUUUGUAACCUGUAGCUGCUACGUCUCACAUACUACUAAUAGCUUUCGUACUACUAUACAUAGUCUGGACAGUGGAAAUAAUUUCAAAAAGUGUGAUGUGUAGUUUAGCUAAUACUCGCUAGAAAACAGCAAAACAAUGAGUAGCAGAACGAUGAGCACAGAUUAAAAGUGAUUCGUGUGUUACGCAUUAAAGAUUCAGCUGACGGAACUAGCACCGGCUUGUUAUCAGUUUUGUAAACAGCCUACUGUGGUACUACUUUCCAUUAAAUAAGGAAAAGAAACACAAAUCGAACAAGCAAAAUGCUCAACAAUAGCGGAAUGCAGUGGCUGCUACGAUUCGUUUCCUGCCUUUUAGUGACCUUCACGAUAUUACCGAUUCAACAGUGCUAUGGCCAACUAACGCUUGAACAAAUGCGUAUAGUAUCGACGCGAACGAAUGAAUCACAUUUCGAUAAUAUGCUGAAAAGCAUCCUUAAGCCCCGAAUCGUUGGUACCGCCACACAUGGUGAAGUUAAGCGAAGCAUCAUCAACGAGCUUAAGACAUUGGGCUUCACCGUGGAGCUGGACGAGUUUAACCAGAAGGCACCUCAUUUUGGCAUGCUAAAAUUUACCAACAUCGUGGGCAAAUUAAACCCCUCGGCCGAUAAGUAUCUUGCCCUAGCCUGUCACUACGAUAGCAAAUACUUCCGCGAGCAUGCGUUCGUUGGCGCCGUCGACUCGGCCGUUCCCUGCGCAAUGAUGCUGAAUUUGGCGAAAACGACCGAAUCCGCGCUGAAGCUUUUGCGCAACAAUACCGACCUAAGUCUGAUGCUGCUAUUCUUCGACGGUGAGGAAGCGUUCCGUAAGUGGUCCGCAACAGACUCGCUGUACGGUUCGAAACACUUGGCAACCAAAUGGACUACGGCACCGUACGUUUCGAAGGCUUUGGGUAAAUCGAUGCGUGAAAUUGAUCGCGUCCAGCUGCUCGUACUGUUGGAUUUGAUUGGAAGUGAAGAGCCUAAGUUUUACAACUUCUUUCCAAACACUCGUAACUACCACCGACGGUUGAGCAAAAUCGAGAAUAGUCUACGACAGAGCAAGCUGCUGGUGAAGGACCCGAAGAGUGGUACAAUGUUCCUCGAUCAAACGCUUUACAACCGGAUCGAAGAUGAUCAUCUGCCUUUUUUGAAGAGAAAUAUUCCAGUGCUGCAUUUGAUUCCAGUUCCAUUCCCAAAGCAUUGGCACAAACCGGAAGACAACGAAGCAAAUCUGAGUCGGCCAACGAUCAAGAAUAUUAAUGCUAUUUUACGGAUAUUUAUGCUAGAGCAUUUAACGUUUUGCAACAGUAAAUAUGGGCGAUCGGUGCAAACAUGCUUACAGUAACGAACGCGCAAUAGUUCGCAGCUUCGCUAAGAGACGAACAAGAAACUUGAUCUCACCGUGUCUGGCAGCAUUGUUUUACAGUACAUUUGGUUUAAGGAAGAAGUUGAAUAAACACUACUGUUUGUUUUGUGUGCUUGUCCUACCCGUAUGGUUCACGGAUUACUUUUUACCGACUAUUUUAUACUACUGUCGAUGAUGAUGCAUAUAAAUACUGUACUUACUGACUAAUUUGUAAAAACUUUUGAACAAAA